GAAGCCGCGACAGUUAUCGACUAGAGGAGGCGAAAAUUGAGUCUCGUUGGUUUUUAUCUUCCCUCGAACUUCGUUAGUUUUAUAUGAGAAAACGGAUAGAAUAGGGAAUAGAAAAGAGGGAAAUACAUCUGCUUAUACAUAAGAAAGAAAAGAAAUGAGUUAUACGAAACAACACAAGAUGCUUCUACAAGUUAUCAUGCACGAAGGACUUUUGGAGGAAAGCAAGGCGAAACAAUUAGUUAUUGAAUUAUUUAACAAUGAUGAAAUAUCGCUAGUAAUAAAUCAAAUAAACAAGAAGUUACAGCCGUUAAAUAUGUUAAUCAAAAAAGCUGAAUGUGAAAUUACAGGUCAAGUAUACUGGAUUUAUGUAGAUACUGUAAUAGAUGAAGUUAACCGAUUUCAAGAGGAAUUUUCGAAAGCACAGUUAGCCCUUCUAAGAAACAUAUUUUCAGAAAUUAUAACAUCAAAUGAUGGACGUAUCCAAAGCACAACUUGUUUGAAUUUAUGUUCUUUGCCAGAUGUUAAAUUAACCAAAACAAAUGCAGAGGAGUUUUUAGAAGACAUAGUCGACAGAAAGUGGUUGAUUUAUAAGAAUGGUUAUUACUACAUGGGUGUAAGAAGUAUAGCAGAAUUAAUGCCAUAUUUUAAAGAUUCUUAUGGUAGUAACUUACGUACCUGUUCUCUCUGCAAGCAAGUUAUUUUUCAUGGCGAAAAGUGUAGCAACUGUGAAAGUAGGUUACAUUCAAAUUGUUUAAAACGGUGUGCCAUGGUUCAAAACCCUGUGAAGUGUCCUAACUGUAAUACAGUUUUUCCCGAUAUUAAUAGCUCUGAAUAAACAUAUACAGGUGUAACGGCUGAUUCAACAAACGAAGACAUGGAAUUUUUUUUUUUAUAUAUUAAUUUAUUUAAUUUAUUUUUUGUUUUCUUUAUUUAGUAUGUAUCGUUUUAUUUUCUACAAAUUUAUAAUCAGUAUUUAUAAUACUGUACUUGUUUACAUAUGUAUACGUACAAAUAUCUACAAUGUUCAGUAUAAUAUACGCUUAAUCUUUUGUACUUUAUAGUUUGAAAGGUAAAAGUAUUCCUAGCAGUUGUAAGAAAUUAUAUUUACAAAUAUGUACAGCACAAUAUAGUAUAAUUUUUCAAGA